AUGUACAUUACACGGCGUUUGUCAGAGUACCGGAGUAAUCCAACGGAGCUAUCACAAGGUCCAAACUCUGGAGUUUUGGUAAUCCAAGACCAAGACCCUAAGAUACGUGCUACAUGUUGUUUCGGCUCAUGGUUGGUCGUGGACUCUUGUUCAAGUGGUUUGCCACUUGCACAGAAUCUUAAGCUAGCGGUCAGCUUUAAUGUCGGAGGAGACGACAGUACUCGUGACCCAGUUAUGUUCAUUCCUGUUCUUGAUAAGCCUCUUUCUUCAAACUAUUACUACGCUAUCAAACGACGCGGGAAGCAAUCAGGAGAAGCUUUUGUUAGUGCAAAAGAGGAAGAUAUAGUCACAAGCUGCUGUUGUGUUACACAAGUUGGUGAAGCUAAACCAAAACAGCUAGAUCCUUAUGACAUUUACCAACAGUUCGAGAUCCAUCAGAAGAAACCAUCCUCGCGUAAUUACCACGCAACAUCUGUUGCGCCUGACGGGGUCCCACCGUGGUUCCUUAAGAAGAAAGAAUGGACGGUGGAGUACUCGAGGUCCCAAGAAUUUGAUUUGAGAGAUGAUGCAAAAGGAACAAACACACAGCUUCGUUCUGAGCUUCCUUGUAUUGGUAUUAGGGUUGUGGUUGGGAAGUGGUAUGUCCCUUUCAUAUUUGUGAAAGAAAGAGAAGACCGCAAGGAUCAGAUGAUUCAGAUCAAGACAUCCAUGUAUUACAGCAUGUCUCUUGAACAAAGAUGGGAAGAGGUUUUCUCUUGUGAGAAUGAUAAAAGCGAGAACGAUGUUGUAGUUGAUGUACAAGUAGAAGAUGAAGUCGUUAAGCUUGAUGGACAAGAAGAGAUGGGAAGAUGUGUGGAUGCUGCAAAUGGGUUUGUCUGGUUUGGGCUUGGAGACAAGAAGAUCGGUUUAGGAUCAGUGGUUGUUGAGAGGAUGAAAUGGGAAGAAGAGAGAUUCGGAUGGACAAGCAAAGGAGAUCAAGGGAGAGCAACAGUUAAGAGAUUGGAGAAACCAAAAGAUGGUAGCUUUUGGAAGAGUUAUCACUGUUAUGUUCUGAUAGAGAGCUUUGUAUUGAAGAGAAGGGAUGAGAGUUUAGUCUUAAGACAUGAGUUUACACACGUAGAUAAGCUCAAAAGCAAAUGGGAUUAA